AGGAUCUCGAACCGUCUCUUCCUCGUCGCCAGCAGCUAUUUGCACCGUAGGGUCGGGCAGACGUCGACUCACAACGUCCCCGAUUUGGUUUAUUUUCCGAACUGAGUACUUUUCGGUACAUCAUGGAGACAUCAGAACCUACCAGCAACGAUCCGCCUGUCCUGCUGCCGGCCCUUCGCCUCUUCAUCCCUCCCCUCCGGCUGGUGUCUGCAGCCAUGUGGCACAUUGUGCAGAGCGGGAACCUUCAGGAAUAUGGAUUGGUGGAGGACUUCAUCAGCACAGUCACUGACACUGUACCAGAACUGUUGAAUCCAGAUCAGAAAGCUCAGCUCCUCCUAGGAUUGAGAGCACGGGUUGUUCUUGAAUUGUGCCGGUCCGAGCAGAUCACAGACACAGACUCCAUCCAGAUGCAUCUGGAGCAGAUAAAAACCCUCAUCUCCACCUGGGCUGCGCAGCCUUGUUUUGCAGAUGUUCAGUUUCCAGAGUCAAACUUUGUGGAUCACGUUGGGUUGUUGUUGAAGGACCCAGAAGAGAAGGAGAAGUUCUUUCAGGAUGUUUUCCCCACAGACUUUGGACCUGAUUAUGACAACGCUCUGCAGAUGCUGAUGUUGGAUUUCAUGUCCAGACUGGAGAAGCUUUUCCCAGUACCUGACAUUCAGCAGACGGCGUCCAUGCUCAGUGGCAUCCCAUCUGCCCUGGAGGAGUGCGCUCACUCAGCACCUGACCCCCUGCACCUGAAAACUGUGCUGCGCUACCAAACAACACUCGGACAUGUUGAUUUCUCUGAUGAAACUCAGACCAUCCCAUCCUCCUUUGGGAACUGCAUCCUGUCCUCGCUGUCUCUUCCCCAGCUGGAGAAGAUCGUGAUCCAUCCAGAUGAACUGCAGAUUCAGUCAUCAGAUUCAGACCAGAUUCAGGGCUGUAUGACCGUGCAGGUGGAGGGUGAAACUGUGACACUGUUGGACUACAUUCAGAUAGAAGAGCCGUCCAGUUUGGUGGAGUCUGACGAUCAUGAUGACAUCGACACUAAUGCCGAAGAAGCGGCUGAUCCAAAUGAGGACUCGGAUGACGCUUUAAAGCCUGCAGCUUUUCAGCCACUGAAGCAAAGCAAGAGGCGUGAGCUAAAAAGAGAAGCUUUAAAAGCAAAGAGCAAUUUAAAGGCAGUCAAAAGGCUGCAUAGCACAUUCUCCAAAGACAAAACAUGUCCUGUGUGCAACAAGACAUUCCUGCGAGCUGCAGCCAUGAGGCGACACCAGGAAAUUCACAAUGAAAACCGCGACCUGAAGUACAAGUGUGGCAGCUGCGAUAAGCGGUUCAGGGACCAGUACGACAUGAACCGACACACCAUGCGGGUUCAUGAGAAGGGAGAGAUGAGUAACAGCCCUAAAGAUGAAGGCCUGGGAGAUCCCUGCACCUCUGAGAUAUCUGAAAAUAAAAACUGCUCCUUGUGCGGGAAGUAUUUCGCCCGGGAAGUCGACAUGGAGCGACACAUGAAGUCCCACUCAGAAGACCGUCCGUAUAAGUGUUCCUUUUGUGAUAAGAGGUUCAAGAAUCUUUACGUCUUGAAGAGGCAUGAGAGGGAGAUUUGUAAGAGCAGGGAGCAUAAAACAAGGAAAAGCACUCCAGAUGCAAAUACAAAGACCCUCUCAGAGGUGUCAGUGGAAGGAAAAAUCUGUCCGAUCUGCGGCCGGAUCCUUCCCUGCAGUGCGGACAUCGCAAAGCAUUUACGGUCCCAUUCCGAGGAGCGACCAUACGUCUGCAUCCCGUGUGACAAGGGCUUUAAGUACAAAGACACGUUAAAGAAGCACCAGAUCAUCCAUGGACACGAGGGCAUCCGGGAGGAGCACUGCAAGACUGUGGAGCAGAUUCUGGCUGAAGCCGAUUCCCGGAACCUGGUUGAUCCUGAUGGAUUAGUUAAAACUGAAACGGACUCUAACGCACCUGUACAAACUGUGAAGAAUAACCCAUCUGUAUCAAGGCUGAACAGAAAAAAAUCCCCAAAAGUUUGUCCUGUGUGCAGCAGGGUGUUUGAUAGCAUAAAAACUCUGAACAGGCACAUCCAGUGCCACACAGAGGAUCGACCAUUUCACUGCAUCCAUUGCAAGAAGAGAUUCAAACACAUGCACGGCCUGAAAAGACAUCAGAUUUAUGCCAUCUGCCAUAAAAAGACCUCCCGUUUGUUAUUGAAAAAGGAACAAAGAGCAGGACCCAGUCAGAGUGAGGCAAACAGUACCGACCCCCUACAGGGGCAGCAGGCCAAGAUCCCUGUCUGGUGCUCUAACUGCGGCAAACACUUUGAGUAUCUGGCCGCCCUGAAGGAACACCAGGAGAACGUCUGCAAAGUGGAAAUAAGGGAAGUGAUGAAGUGCGACUGCGGGAAAGAGUUCAAGAGUGUUACGUUGCUCAAAGUCCACCAGAGAAUCCACGACCCGCUCUACUGCAAGGAGUGCGGAAAGAUCCUCGGAAACGAAGCCGCCUUCGAGCGGCACAAACUGAUGCACCGCCCGAUGAAUUGCACGAUGUGUGAGAAGACCUUUACCGUCCUGAGGCACCUGAGGGAACACUAUGAGAAGCAGCACAACUUCAGCGGGCCGUUCCCAUGUCCACAGUGUGACAAAUCCUUCGUCCAGCUGUCCUACCUCGCCAUCCAUCAAAGGAUACACAAAGGAGAGUUCCCCUACGCUUGUAACAUGUGCCCCGAGAAGUUCAGGUCAUCCAACUGUCUGACUGUCCAUCAGCGGAAACACACCGGUGAGAAGCCUUUCCUGUGCUGGCAAUGUGGGAAAUGCUACCGCUCAGCCUCAGAGCUCACGGUCCACAUGGGGACCCAUUCGGAGGAGAGACCAUGGGCCUGCUCGCAGUGCAACAUGGCCUAUCGCACCAAGCUGCAGCUCAGCAACCACGUGGAGCAAGUCCACAUUGGCGUCCGGUAUCCAUGCAAGACCUGCGGGAAGCAGUUCAUGAAGGAGACGUCUUUGAAGAGGCACGAGCUCAUCCACACUGGUGAGAGACCUUACCAGUGCACCGUGUGCGGGAAGACCUUCCUGACCGCCAACGAACUCAGACUCCACAACAGGUACCACACCGGAGAGCGCCCCUACAAGUGCGACGUGUGUAGCAAGGCCUUCAUCCAGUCGGGCUACUUGAAGUCGCACAUGCGCAUCCACACAGGGGAGAAGCCGUUCAAAUGCGACAUCUGCGACAAAAGCUUCAGGCUGUCCUACCACAUGAAGAAACACAGACGGACUCACGCUGGGAAAGCCCGGAGCUUCAUCUGUGAGGAUUGUGGGUUGGUAUUCCUCCAGAAGAAACUGCUUUGGGAACAUGCACUCACUCACGAAGUGAAACUGGAACCAACAUUCGCAGCUGAAGUCGGACUGGAAUUUCAGUAGUUUCACCAAUGGACUGGACUCUUAAUUUCUUUAUGGAAGUUGGUGUUUUUUUUUUCUUUUCCAUUCAGGAAUACUGAGUUAAUUUCUAAAAAAGGUACAUGCAAUUAGACAAGUCCUCAGGAAAAGGCUGCAGAAAAUUUGCUUUUCUGAACUUUGGGAACAUUAAAAACUUAAAUAAUGUCA